AUGGGCUCUAUCACAGAGAACUUGGACACUUACCUGUAUCAAUGUGUGGCUGGAGGUCCAGCAGCUCCCACUGUGAAGUCAGCUGAAGGUCUGUACUUUACUCUGGAAGAUGGCCAAAAGGUCCUCGACGCCACUGGCGGAGCCGCGGUUUCAGCCAUCGGUCAUGGCAACAAAACCGUGCGAGAUGCCAUCAUUCGUCAGUUGGAAAUGGUGACUUACGCUCAUCCUGGAUAUUUCUCAAACUCCCCAGCCCGGGAACUGGCCGACUUGUUGGUCAUGUCGACUGGCGGGCAGCUGUCACGGGCUUGCAUCCUGGGGUCCGGCUCUGAAGCUGUUGAAGCGGCGAUGAAACUGGCCUACCAGUACUUCGCCGAAAUGACACCUGAAUCGCCCCGACUCAACUAUAUUUCGCGACGGGGCUCGUGGCAUGGCUGUACCAUUGGCGCUCUGUCUGUAGGCGAUAUCAAGUCCCGAACGACACUCUUUGAGCCUCUUCUGCUGAAGAAUGUCUCCAAGGUGUCACCCUGCCACCCGUGGCGCGACAUGACAAAAGGGGAAUCAGUGGAGGCGUAUGUGGCUCGACUGCAACAGGAGCUCGAAGAUGAAUUCCAGAGGCUCGGUCCUGAAACAGUUUGUGCGUUUAUCGUGGAACCGAUGGUCGGCACGGCCCUCGGUUGUGUUGUGGCGUUGCCGGGCUAUCUACGCGCCAUGAAGGAAGUAUGUGAUCGACAUGGUGCCCUGAUCAUCUUCGAUGAGAUAAUGUGUGGACUCGGCCGUACUGGUGCCCAGCAUGCAUGGAUGCACGACGGGGUUGUCCCUGACAUCCAGACUGUGGGUAAGGUGCUGGGCGGCGGAUAUGCUCCGAUAUCCGCCAUGUUAGUUCACGACCGAGUGAUUCGUGGGCUGAAAGAGGGCAGUGGAAGCUUUGUUCAUGCCCAAACCUACCAGGCGCAGCCCCUUACCUGCAUCGCCGCGCUUGCUACGCAGCAGUACAUCCUGGAAAACAACCUGAUCGAGAAUUCUCGCUGCAUGGGAGAAUACCUUGGCAAAGAACUUCAUCGGAAUCUCUUUGACCACCCUUUGGUGGGUGACAUUCGUGGACGGGGACUCUUUUGGGGUGUGGAGCUCACGAAGGAUAAAGUCACCAAGGAGCCUUGGGAUCCGCGGUUGGGCUUGGCCAAACGCAUCCGGUCGCGGGGGCUGGAAAAGGGCUACGACAUUUGUAUUUUCAGUGCUACCGGGGCUGCAGAUGGUUGGAAUGGGGAUCAAUUCCUGUUGGCACCGCCUUACAUCGUGCAGAAGCAGGACGUGGACGAGAUUGUCAGGCGGGUGGUGAAAGUCAUAAACAGUGUUUGGAAUGAUAUCGAGCCCUUGGUACGACAACAUCCAUUACACUCUGGCGAGUAA